CAGGAAGUGUGUCUGUGGGAGUGCCACAGGGAGCCAUAGUGAACGCCUUGUAUGCGGCUUUGAGAGCUGAACCGCAGACUGCACACUAACGAAACAGUGACAGGCCCGUUAUUUUACCCGCUGUAUUCUCACUCUGUACCGGCUUUUUGUUUGUCGCAAGACCGGAGUCAUGGCUUCCCGCUCUCUGUGGUCCCUCGCGCUGCUGCUCGCGCUGCUGCUGCCGCUGGAAGUUGUCCUCUCUCAGGACUUAGACCUAAGUGAUGCUUUGAGUGAAGAUUACACAAGUAAACCAUUGAACCCCACCCCGAAGCCAGCGGCACCAGCUGGAGGAGCAGGAGCAGGUUUUGAUGAAACCACCAUCAUUCCCACUAAAGCCCCAGCCAAGGUUGUUCCCAAAGUCCCGGCGGUAACCAAGGCCCCAAUGAAGCCCAAACCCAAGCCAGCUGCGGAUAACUUUGACCUGUCCGAUGCCUUGGACCCCAACAAUGACAUUGCUGGCAAGGAUAAGAACAAGGGGCAGGGAGGUGAAUUUUCUGAUCAUGAUCUGGAAAAUGUUGGUAAAGACGAUACCUACAAACCUGACAAAGGCAAAGGUGGACGUGGAAGUGAUGAAGAUCAGAUCAACAACUACGACAACAACAAUGAGACCACAGCAGAAGUGGGCACCAUCGCAGGGAUUGUUAGUGCGGUUGCUAUGGCGCUGGUGGGUGCAAUCACCAGCUACAUCUCCUACCAGAAGAAGAAGCUGUGUUUCGGCAUACAACAGAGCCUGAAUACUGACAUGGUGAAGGCUGAAAACCCUGAGGCUGUGGUGGCUACUGAACCACAAGUCCAACAGACUCUACUGGAGCCCCCCAAUGCUGAACCUCCCACUGAAGAGAACGCUGUGUAACACUUUCACACACACACCACCUAAAACACACACACACAAAGGUCAACCACCUACAUGUGUUCUUUGUCCGAACAUCCCCCACCUAACACCUCUGCACACAAACACACA